AUGAUCAACUCAGACCUACCCAAGCCAAACUCUCUGUCGGUCAAGGCAUUCCCCAUGGAUGCUAGCACAUUAUGGUUCUUACACCACCGCACAAACAUUGUGAGCGCACUAGACGACUACAGAGCCAACAUCUGGAGCCACGAGCGACGAUAUUACCGAGAGAUCGCAACCUGUCUAGAAACCGCAGCUCGAAAUCUCGCUCUGAUUCUCACAUGCGACGGCAUCGAUUCCAGAAUGGCUCGUUGUGUCCGGGAGCGGGUCUCCCGCAUCAGCACCUGUCUAAACAGUCUUCGAGAGGUCCUGAUUCUUCACCGUGAGCAAGAACCGAAAGAAGUUUCAGAGGUCCUAUUCAUGCUUGGGCGGCACGUGGGGCGGAUGAGACUUGUGGGGAUGGCUGACCCGUAUGCUGAUGCGAUGGAUAAACAGCUAGAGGAGCUGCCGGGGUUUGAAAGUAGAUGGGUGCGCAAGAAUUGGCGGGCGUUGAAGUUUAAUGAUCCUCGAUGUGUUUGUUCACUUUGCAAGUGA